CGGGUGGUGAGAAUGUUCAGGAACCAUCUCAAGUGGUGGUUAGCGUCUGUAUAUAUAUAUAGAGUAGGUCGAGACGGGAGUCACAAGAGAUUGAGAGCUGGUGGGUGCGCCUCUGGCCGCUCCUCUCACUACACAACACUUAGGGUUAGUUAAGUCGUCAGGCAACCCACAAGACUCAUCACAAGAUGGCGAGAGCACUGGCAGUUGGUAUCGACCUGGGCACCACCUACUCCUGCGUGGGCGUCUUCCAACAUGGCAAAGUCGAAAUAAUUGCUAACGAUCAAGGUAACCGAACUACGCCAUCGUACGUGGCCUUCACCGAUACUGAGCGUCUCAUCGGUGACGCCGCCAAGAACCAGGUGGCCAUGAACCCCAACAACACAGUCUUCGAUGCUAAGAGACUCAUCGGCCGUAAGUUCGAUGAGCCUUCGGUGCAGAGUGACAUGAAACACUGGCCCUUCACCGUCAUCAACGAGGGCGGCAAGCCAAAAAUUGAAGUAGAGUACAAAGGAGAAAUUAAGAAAUUCUUCCCUGAAGAAAUUUCUUCAAUGGUUCUCAUCAAGAUGAAAGAGACUUCUGAGGCGUACUUAGGGCACACGGUGAAGGAUGCUGUCAUCACUGUCCCCGCUUACUUCAACGACUCCCAGAGACAAGCUACCAAGGACGCCGGCACCAUCUCUGGCAUGAAUGUUCUUCGUAUCAUCAACGAACCUACGGCAGCCGCCAUUGCGUACGGUCUCGACAAGAAGGUCGGAGGCGAACGUAAUGUUCUCAUUUUUGAUCUCGGUGGAGGAACUUUUGAUGUAUCAAUAUUGACUAUCGAGGACGGCAUCUUUGAAGUCAAAUCUACUGCUGGUGAUACCCAUCUUGGUGGUGAAGACUUUGACAACAGAAUGGUUAACUUCUUUGUACAAGAAUUCAAAAGAAAGUACAAGAAGGAUCUUUCUGCAAACAAGCGUGCAGUUCGUCGUCUGAGGACAGCUUGCGAGAGAGCGAAGCGCACUUUAUCGUCUUCCACACAAGCAAGCAUCGAAAUAGAUUCACUUUUUGAUGGCAUAGAUUUUUAUACUGCUGUUACUCGAGCUCGUUUUGAGGAGCUUUGUUCUGAUUUGUUCCGAGGAACACUGGAGCCUGUGGAAAAGGCUCUGCGUGACGCUAAAAUGGACAAAUCUCAGAUCCAUGAUAUUGUACUAGUCGGAGGCUCCACAAGAAUUCCUAAGAUACAGAAGCUGCUCCAAGAUUUUUUCAACGGCAAAGAUCUAAAUAAAUCGAUUAACCCUGACGAAGCUGUGGCAUAUGGUGCGGCAGUGCAAGCUGCCAUUCUCUCUGGGGACAAGUCCGAGACAGUCCAAGACUUGUUACUGCUUGAUGUCACUCCUCUCUCACUGGGAAUUGAGACUGCUGGCGGUGUAAUGACGGCUCUUAUCAAGCGCAACACUACUAUCCCAACCAAGCAAACCCAGACCUUCACCACCUACUCUGACAACCAGCCGGGUGUACUCAUCCAGGUGUAUGAGGGCGAACGGGCUAUGACAAGAGACAACAACUUGCUAGGCAAGUUCGAACUGACGGGUAUUCCACCUGCCCCGCGCGGCGUACCGCAAAUCGAGGUCACUUUUGACAUUGAUGCUAAUGGUAUACUAAAUGUGUCAGCAGUAGAUAAAUCUACCGGCAAAGAAAAUAAAAUCACCAUCACCAACGAUAAGGGCCGUCUCAGCAAGGAAGACAUUGAACGUAUGGUCAACGAGGCCGAAAAGUAUCGUUCAGAGGAUGAGCAGCAACGCGAGCGUAUCACCGCCAAGAACAGUCUAGAGUCCUACUGUUUCAAUAUGAAGUCGACCGUCGAAGAGGAAAAGUUUAAAGACAAAAUCCCGGAGAGCGACCGCUCGGCUAUCAUCGACAAAUGCAACGAGACCAUUCAGUGGCUGGACACGAACCAACUCGCGGAGAAGGACGAGUACGAACACAGGCAGAAAGAACUGGAGAAGCUAUGCAACCCUAUCAUCACCAAGAUGUAUGCUGCAGCUGGUGGAGCACCUGGCGGCAUGCCGGGAGGUAUGCCAGGAGGCAUGCCUGGAGGACCUCAGGGCGGAGCUCCAGGCUCUAGCUCUGGGCCCACCAUCGAAGAAGUGGAUUAAGUCUACACUCGUCUUUGUUCAGAAAGAUCUCAUGACAGAUGAAGGUAACAGUCAUGUUCACGUGAGCUUAACAGAUUUGACUCAAAAAUUCCACAGUAAAUGUCAGUAUUACACUAUAGUGGUUACCCCACAUAAAGUGUAGUUGUUGUUUUUUUACUGAAUUUUUAAUAAAUAUUUUUGGCAAUCA